CAAGCUAAAAGGAAACCAAACACCCCCUAAAUCACAGUUUCCUACGGCUACACAUUUUCACGACCGCCGCCCCACUGGAAACAAGUUUCCCCGACCACCGCACCAUGUUUCACCGUUCACUCCAUACAAUCUAUUCCAUUUCCAUCCACCACUUCUCAACCUCAUCCUCACCCACCCAACCUCACUUCAUGGUAAAUUACCUAACAACCACCCUCAAUCUCUCCAAACCAGACGCCAUCUUUGUCACAUCAAAAAUACACCACUUAAAAUCCCCAAAAAACCCUCAAUCCGUCAUCAACUUCUUAACAACUUACAACCUUUCCACACCCCAAAUCAUAUCACUAAUCCUCACCCACCCCCACAUCCUCCUAAGAAAUGUCGACAAAACCCUCAAACCCAAAUUUAAUGUUUUGUCCGAACUAGGUUUCUCCGUACAGGAUUUAGUCACUGUUAUUACUAGAGACCCUAAUUUGUUACUUAGAAGUUUAGAUACAGCUAUUGUACCUACCAUAAACCUGUUGAUGAAAGUUUUAGGGAGUAAAGAGAAGAUUGUUAAAGCUGUUUUGAGGUCUCAUUGGCCUUUUUAUGGGAAGAGUUUCAGGACUAAUGUGGAGUUGUUGAAGAGAUAUGGGGUUUGUAAUAAGGAUAUUGAAAGGUUGAUACUUAGAAACCCUCGGCUGGUUACCCAGAGUCCCGUGAGGUUGGAGGAGAAGCUCGUUGAAGUCGAGCAAGAGUUUGGGAUAUCGCCUGGGUCGUCGAUGUUUUCAUACGGGCUUUCGGCGUUUUGUUCGAUGAAUAAGUUGAAUUUGAGGCGCAAGUUUGAGGUUUUUAAGGGGUUCGGGUGGUGUGAGGCGGAUGUGCUUGCGGUUGUUAAGAGUCAGCCGUUGUGUCUUACGCAUUCGGAGGAGAGGUUGAGGAGAGGGUUGAGUUUUUUUAUGGGGGAGCUUGGGUAUACGUCGGAGUGGUUGUCGAGUCGUGGGAGUCUUUUGAUGUAUAGUUUGGAGAAGAGGGUUAAACCGAGGUACCGGGUUUAUGUCGUUUUGAAGGAGAAAGGGUUGAUGGCUAGGGAACUGCAUACGUUGAUGUGUUAUUCUGAAGCGGAUUUUGUGAAGAAUGUUGUGCAGCGGCAUAGGGAAGAAUUGCCUGAUCAUUUGUAUGAUAGUUUGAUCAAGAGAUCAUCAAUCGGUAGUUAGCUAUCUUGCUUCAGAGUUGAAUCAUUUGGUGAUACACUGUGUACCUAGGCAAGUCCGGUUAAUUCGAUUAUUAGUUCUAUCAAGCCGGAAUAGAUCAUCUGUUCCAGCAUGUUCUGCAAAUAAGGAACAAUUGUUUACAUAUCAAACUCGGGUAAGUCCCGUGUAAUUUACCAAGUAUAUUGUGCUUGCAUGUCGCCUGAGCGCGAGGCGCAAAAAUUCACGCACAAACGGACCCGCCUUUUGGGUACCGUUGUCAAGUGACCCACACUUUUCAUUCUUUAUAUGUUACUGAAAAUUGUUUGACUCGUAGUUUAUCGGACAA